AUGGGUGACCGCGAGCGUUACGACCCGGUGCUGAUCUCGAUGUUGACGAGCAUCGAGGGUGGCCCCAUGCAGUUCUUCGACGUGUUAUUCGACUUCUUUGCCAGGAAGACUGACUUCUACAAUGCGGACAAGCUGAACGAGAUUCGAACAAUGGUCAUCGGAUCAUUUGACAAGCAUUCUGCCACGGCUGUAAAGGAAGCAAAGGAAAAGGCCCUUCGACGAGAACGGGAAGAGCAGAAGCUGGCCGAACGUCGUCGCAAGGAGAAAGAGGCUGAAGAGAAGCAGUCGAAGGUUGUCGAGAUCACCGAUCAGGAAGCCCGCGAGUUCGGAGGCAAGGACUUCACAACAAGACGAGACCCCGCAAAGGAGCCGAAGCGCGUGGAAACUGCCGAAGAAGGGGAAGAAACCGAGAUUGGAAAGUUGCUACCGAACUCUGGGAAUGGUGCGGAUCUGGAGAAAUAUUCGUGGACACAAACGCUACAAGAGAUCGAGAUUCGUAUCCCACUGAAGGCCGGCUUUGCGCUGAAGUCGAAGGACGUGGUGGUGGUUGUCGAGAAGAAUCAUCUAAAGGUCGGCAUCAAGGGACAAGCACCAAUCGUCGAUGGAACACUAUCCAAGUUGAUCAAGACAGCCACUUCACAAUGGGUACUCGAAGACAAGAAGGCUGUCGUGCUCACCUUGGAAAAGGUAAAUGACAUGGAAUGGUGGUCAAGGAUCCUGGACACUGAUCCAGAGAUCAGCACGAAGAAGGUGCAGCCGGAGAACAGCAAGCUGAGCGACCUGGAUGGAGAAACGAGGGCUAUGGUGGAAAAGAUGAUGUACGAUCAACGACAGAAGGAGAUGGGACUACCCACAAGUGAAGAACAGAAGAAGCAGAAUAUUCUCAAACAAUUCAUGUCUCAACAUCCGGAGAUGGACUUCUCGCAGGCCAAGUUCAAC